AAUUGUAUUUACGUGAAGGUGAGUGGUUUGUUUGAAGAAGAUAAUUUUAUCUAGUUAUGCCGUUUUGAAGUCUUUCUUGUUGAGUUUGAGAACUCUUCAAGAAUGGCCGUAGCAACGAGGCUCAUCACCAAAAAUGUUUAUCUUCAGUGCAAGAAAAUAUUUAAUACAAGCUGUCUGACUUUGGGAAGAAGUUUCUCCCAAUGCACUACUGUGUAUAAUACUCGUAAGUUCUCUGAACGACAUGAGUGGUUGGUUGUUGAAGGCAGUACAGGAACUGUUGGUGUCUCACAAUUUGCUCAGACGGCGCUGGGUGAUGUUGUGUAUGUAGAACUUCCUGAAAUUGGAAGAAGUCUCCAAAAGGAUGAAGAGGCAGGUGUUGUGGAGAGUGUAAAGGCAGCCAAUGAAUACUAUAGCCCAGUGGCUGGAACAGUCACGGAGGUGAACCAGGCAUUGGAGGACAAGCCAGGCUCCAUCAACGAAGACUGUUAUGGAAAAGGGUGGAUCUAUAAAAUGAAAAUUGCUGAUCCCAAAGAAGUUGACACCCUCAUGGAAGAAGAUGCCUACCUUAAUUACGUCAAAGACAUUCAUUCAUGAUUGUUCUUGUAUCCAAGUUGUGAAAUGCAGCUCAAGAACUGAUACGUGAAACAUCUUACAUGUCAGUUCAUUUCAAUGCCUCGAUAACAGUCAUUUGCAUUUCAUUGUGUAGAGUUCUGAAAAGGAAUUAUAAUUGUGUUGCAUUUUCCUUAAGAUAAGUUAUUGAAUUACAGAAAUUUUAUGUUGUUGAUUUUGUAAUUUGUUUUCAAAUAAAAUACUUUAUGAAUUUUUUUUUUUUUUUUAAUUCAAUUCAGCAAUAA